GCCGGUGGCGGAGGACUGACAGUCCAUUGCAGGGUGCGGGAUGGAGUUUGACAAGCAAGUAGGCAACUGAGUGGAUAUUUAUGACUUUGUAACAGUCACUGAAUAAGAAAUAUAUACACACACGCUGCCUUUGAUAACUGUUGCAUGUCGGAAAUCUGGCACAAAUGUACGGCUGCGUUUUUUUUUUUUUUAGAGAUGCCAAGACCGUUACGUAGAGAGGACAUUCAUGUGACCGUCUGUGUAGCAACAUUCAGCUAGCUGACUCGAACCCCCGGUUUAGUCAGCCCCUAGCAACGCGUUUUUCCGCGCGCCCCACGGAGCCACGGCGGGUGAAAGUAUGCGCCAGGCGUUUUUGAGACACUUCCGUCGUUAUCCGUGGGUCACCAACGUCACGCUGUACGGCUGCCUGUUCGCCGGAGGAGACUUCGUCCACCAAUGGUUCUCCCGGCGGGACGACAUGGACUGGAGCCACACGCGCAACGUCGCGGUGGUGGCGUUCAGUUUCCAUGGCAACUUUAAUUUCUUCUGGAUGCGUUUUCUGGAGCGCAGAUUUCCGGGGAACUCCGUCGGGAUGGUGAUGAGGAAGCUGUUCCUGGACCAGACGACGGCGGCGCCUCUGGCCACCAGCGUCUUCUACACAGGCGUAAGUUUCUUGGAGGGCAAAGAAGACAUUCUGGAGGACUGGAGGGAAAAAUUUCUGAACACGUAUAAGACGGGGCUAAUGUUCUGGCCUUUCAUGCAGUUUCUGAACUUCGCCUUGGUGCCCCUGUACGUUCGGACCACCUUCACGGGCUGCUGCGCCUUCAUCUGGGCCACCUUCCUGUGCUUCUCACGUCAGACCGGUGACGGCACGGCGGGGGCUGCCCUGCUCUGGAUGUUCCCCCCUAAAAAGGAUGACGCAGAAGAGAAAGAGACCAAAGAGAAAGUCGACUCUGAGAUUAAGGUAGAGGGAACGGCAGCCCCUAAACCCACACAGUAGCUGAGUCAGCCGCUGUUGUGUAGGAGAGUCAGAACCUGGACAGAAACUGGUGGGAACAAGACACAACUGGAUCACAGGGGGUUGUCCUGCUUUAGUCCAGUUUAGCUGAUUUAUGUGGCUGGAACCGCUGGGUUUAACCGGCUGAAUACAUUAAAAACUGUGUCCUCAGCUCUCUGAGUGUACACGGAGCUCACAGUCUUAUCCGUCCACAUUACAGGUAACAAUCACCACUCUGUUUCUAAUCAGGGUGUUCGUGUAACCAACUUCUCAGAUUUACAGAAAGACAGGGACCUAACUCUGCUGGACCAGCUGAAAUUACUGGAAGGCUCCAUGACAGCUUCUCCAGUUUGUCUGAGAUACAAAUCCUGAUGACUGAUGUUUCACAUCAAGUCGGGAAAAACAAAACCGUAACAAUGAUCACAAUGAUGAAUAUCCACCAUGUGGAGUGUCAGCUAAACAAUCAGCUCAGACUUUAACUUUAUAAAGCUUGUGUAAUAGGAAUAUAUAUGUGUAUACAUAUAUAUAUAUUUAUCAUGAACGGUACACUAAGGGAUUAGUAAUGGUGUAGGUACUUUUUAAACGUUGAUCAUAAUUUACUGAGCAAAUAGCAUCAUUAUUUUAAUAAAAGAAAUGCUGCUCAUGUGUUUCUUUACCUAAUAUUAACCUUAUACUGUAGAGUGCUCCGUAGUUUCCUUUUGCACCAUUUUAUUUAAAAGACAAAAAAACAAAAUGGUUAUUCUGUGUUUCUGGAACAGAACAACUUUUAAAGGCUGCAGAUUAGGAUCUUUUUCCUGCAUUGGCCGUUACGAUUUAGUGUGAGCACAAAAGUUGACUGCUAGUCCCAUUGAUGGAUUUACCAUAGGUGUUUAGACGGAUCUACAUACGUUUUUAUCAAUGCUGGUAGAGGGUAUGCAAGCAUGAGAUUAUGUGUGAUUCAAAAUAUGUGAGCUUGCAUAUGUCAGAUUGAAUUCAAUGUUGUAUUUUAAUAUAUAAAAAGUAUUUUAAUUGCUGUGCAGAAAAAAACAAUUAUGAACACUACAGGAGUUUUAUCCCUUUUAUAUUCAAAAUACACCACUGCGUGUGGUGGUUUGAUAUCAGAGUAGUGUUACAGUGUUUGGUUUACUGUUGAAUGAUUAUUUGUGUGCUGAUGUGCUACACUGGAACAAAAAUAUCAUAUCGAUGAAUAUAUCCCCAGUCUUCAUAUCAGUGAUGCCACUUUAUUCAAGAAUGUGUUUGCACAGUUUGACAUUUCCCUCCUUGUUCUUGGACCUCACAUGCAACACGUUGGUGCUCUGAACUUUGUAAACAUCUCCCAUCUCUGCAUUUGUUGCACUAAUUUCUGUUGGGAAAACAAAUAAAAAGGAUUACCGUAUGUUGACUAUCGGUGUAAAGUUUUCUGAACAUAGCUACACAGACAAAAUGAAUCACAGCGGAGCUCGAGUGGGGUUGACAUAGACCUUUUCACAGUCCUGUUUAAAAAUGUGGAGUCCACCACUCAUUCCUUUUUAAAUAGUAUUGAGCAAUUAACUCUCCAGGAUUUGUGAAAUUUGGUGCUUUUUUUAAACAUUCUUAGUCUAUUUUUUACCUGGUUGUUUUCAGAGGAAUACAAAAUGUGCAAAAUAAUCUCAGCUAACACGAUGAAAGAGUUAACGUGUGAUCCAUUUUAGAGUGCGCUGCAUGCAGUAAUACCCUUAAUGAAUCUCAAAACCAGCCACCUAAAUGUCAAACAUCUUUUACAGAAAACAACUAUGCAAAUCAAUAUAAAAGUUAACGCUUAGGAAUGUAUCAAAUGUGCAAUGCAAGUGCCACUUUACACUUAGCUAUGAAUCACUGAAAUGUAAAAAUAACACCUAUCUCGAACAGGAACAUGUGUUGUGUCUCUGAAUAAAA